GACGCUGCGGCGCAAAGCAACCGGCGGCCCUGGCUGCAUGCGUGCGGUAGAUUCGCCUGCCGCAGAGCUCGCGCUGCACGCACCUCGGCUGCCGCCGUGGCCGGAUCAGCAGCGAAGCGCACCAUGUGCCUUCGGACAAAGCCAGAGGUUGCGCUGUGCGAAGAGUCGAGCAGCUGCAGCUGCACCUUACAGCAGAGGGGUGCGGCAUGCUGCGGCAUGGCGUCGUCUGCAUGCUGCGGCUGGUCGCAGGACAGCGCGCGCUGCUGCCGCAGCCGUGCGAGAUGCGUUUCUUCCCGCCGAGCAGAAGCGGCUCAAGCGAAAGGAAGAGAGGGCAGAUUGCCGCAGCGGGACAACAGGCAUGAUGAGCCGUCUCAGAGCUCUUGCCCUCUGAGACGCAGCAGGACGCGCUCUCGAGGCCGCUCAGCAGGGGUCCGGCAAGAGGUCAUGCGCUCGGCAGUCUCAUUUGCUGCUGCUGAGGCGGCUUCAUGCUUCUCUGUGCUUCGAGCUGUGGUGCUUUGCAGCAUGAAGUGGGAGGAUGCUCUGCCUCGCUGUGCUGAUGCGCUGCGCUGUGGAGCUCGAGGUGCGACCUCCUCCUUCCCUUGUCCCUCGUCCCCCCCGCGGGCCGGGCCAUUGGCCCGCGUGCGUAUCAUCCUCGCGGCCUUGCUGCGGCGGCCCAACUGCACCUGGCCGCAGCCGCAGCUCUGCGCAGGAUGCCAUGCUGAGAAGGGCAGCGCAGCGCCUGAAGCAGCCCUUCUGCUCGACGAGCUCGCAUGCCUGCCUCUUUCUACUCUGCGGCAGGAUGCGGCUGUAUCUUCUCGUAUGCGGAGCGCCGCCGCACCCGCCGCGCUUGCGCGCCAGCAGCUUUUAUGCCGACCGGCUCGGCGCCGAACGGCAGCCCGCCAGCAUGCAGCCGCAACCACCACGGGCCUCGUCGAGUGGUGCCGGCGGAGCCGAAUGGAGCACGAAGAGGAAUUCGAGCGCAACGCCAGCCGAGGAGCUGCUCGCCAUCCUCGAUGGCCGCAGCAGGUGCACUGCCUGCAGCGCCGGCGCGGGAUCGGGUCAGGCGUGGGCGGCCCAGCGCAAUGGGACGCCUCCUUGGGCGAUCUGCGCCGCAUACGACGUCCGAGGGUGAAGUGCCGCAGUCCAGCCCAUCAGCCCUGCCGUCGGAAGAGGUGCGGCAGAGUGGUGAGAGGCGUCGUCCCGUACGCCGCUGCCGGAUGCCGAGGCCUGCCUGCCACUCUGCCGCUGCUUUUCCUUGUCCUCGCCGUCGUCGUCACCGCGCAACGCCGGCUUUGUCGAGCCGAGCGGAGCGCUGCAGCUGCACGCUGCACCGCGCCCUGCAUGCUGCAGCACAAAGGCCGUGCCGAUACGAGCAUGCACGACUUGCAUGGCUGAGAUCGUGCGCAGUCCCCGGCGCAGCACCGCUGCGGCGGCUGCCGGUGCGGGUACGCCAUGGGUGGAGCGCCGCGCCGCGGCAG